AUGGGUGUCCUCCAGCCACGAACCGCCUCCGUCUCACUCACGACCUACGCCGCCACCACGGUCGUCCUUGUUCUGUGGCUUCUCGCCAUGGUCGCGGUAGUCCUAUAUUUGAUUCUCCAGCAGCGCAAUCGCACUCAAAGACCUCAAAGUACAAGCUCUGGCGACCGCUCUGCCUCACAUGGCAGCACCGCUCCUCGUUUCCCUCCCAGCGAUCCGACCGCGCUACCGUCGUAUCCACAGCGGGCACAGGCACGGUCUCAUCCACCGACUUGUCCGCCAUCGCUUUCAGCAACGAUGAGACCUACGAAAUCCCCCCCAUUCCGUACGACAUCACCAAACAUCGACCCUGUCCCACCUGGGGCUUCGACGAGAAUCGCAGACUUGGGUCAUAUUCCUACGGUGUCACCAACCAGGAACCCUGUCCCCGCCACGCCUUCAUCGAACGAAGCAAGGCAACAAGUUCUGCUUGCUAACAACUCAUCACAAGCAGCCAUGAUCGCGAGAUUGCAGGCCAUGCCACUCGCGAGUGAUACCACAGACAUGAGCACGGAGACGGUGGAUCCCGGGAGGGAAGUGGCCAAUCGAAGGUAUUUGGCCAUGCUGGCGCAGAGGGACAUCCGUGCUCGGGACCAUGCGCUUUUGGGAAGCGACGAUAGCACCGAUGCUGGCGGUGGAGCCGGAGCCGGAGCCGCACUCAGUUACGCUGUCCGUGCUAGAGGCAUGGGUCCGAGGUGCGUGCGCAUAGACCGAGAGAGGGAGCGGGGCCGCCCUACGAGUCUAGGUGGCAGAGGGCGGGCUGUGACUUUGGGGCAAGAGAGUGGAGAUGGAGAGCUGGAGAGGGUGAUACCUUUGCAGGUGAAGAAGAUGCCUUCCGGGUGA